GGAGAUUAUAAGGACUAGAACCGGUAGUUCUGGUACUGCUUCUGGUAUUCAACCAGGUGGUUCAGGACAUGUGAGCUCGAGCAGUGCAGAUGGGACUGAUUUCGAACAACUUGAUGCUCCUGCAAGAGCUUUAACUUCAUCUUCUUCAGCUGAAGAAUCACAACAUAACCUCCUCCUAGACGAUGAAGAACAGGAGCGUCGAUUGAACUCCACAGGAACCGAGACGCGACAACAAGUCGAGAUGAUGCGAGCUUGUCUAGUUCAUUUGGCUGAGAUCCUCGAGUGUCUCUACGCGAAAGCUUACCUUCCACGCGCCUCAGUGCAACACGCGAUUCUGUUGUUCAACUUGUUGCAGUCGCGUGGUUUGCUGGCUGUGCAUUCUAGAAGCCGUGGACACGGUGGUUCCAACUCACAGGGUACUAUUGCAACAUCAACAUCUAAGGCACAAGCGCAUAUGUCCAGUACCAGUGGCCCAGUAUCAUCUUCUGAUGCUGAGCAGUCUGUGGGUACCAAUUUUGAGCACGUGAGUAUGGAUGAAGUCACGCCCAUGACGACAAUGCCGAAAGUCUCCUCUUACUCAACGAUCAUGACGACAGAGUCGAAACCCCCUACUGUUCUCAACUAUGCUCCCGACUCUAGAUGGACUGCAGACCCGACGAGAUCGAGAAGUGCAAGACCGACAGCUACAACCACCGCUUCUGCUCGAACAUCUCCUUUCCUUGCGGUACAGCUCGACACAGAUCCUCUGUGUUUCUACAUCCAUACGGCCUUGGACAAGGAUCUGCGGUCUAAAGCUCACCUACGCACUUGGGAUGACGCUAGUUUGCUCGCCAC